CCUUGGGUGAUCUGAUUGGCUGGACGGUGAAUGACUAACCUCUCAAAAUGAGUAAGGGGCGGGCUCUUGUCACCAUUGGUUCAAAGGCUGCGAAAGUUUGGAGAGGAAGCGGAAGAGAGCCGCGAAAAGCAACUAGUAGCGGAAUGGAGGCUGCUGCCGAACCCGGGAACCUGGCCGGGGUGCGACACAUCAUCCUUGUUCUUUCUGGAAAGGGUGGCGUUGGGAAAAGCACCAUCUCCACGGAGUUGGCCCUGGCUCUGCGCCACCAGGGCAAGAAGGUGGGAAUCCUAGAUGUGGACCUGUGCGGUCCCAGCAUACCACACAUGCUCCGUGCACAAGGCAAGGCCGUGCACCAGUGUGACAAUGGCUGGGUGCCUGUCUUUGUGGAUCAGGAGCAGAGCAUCUCCCUUAUGUCUGUGGGGUUCCUGCUGGAAAACCCUGAUGAGGCCGUGGUGUGGAGAGGUCCCAAGAAACAUGCACUGAUAAAGCAGUUUGUGUCUGACGUGGCCUGGGGGCAGCUGGAUUAUCUGGUUGUGGACACACCUCCAGGGACCUCUGAUGAGCACAUGGCCACUAUGGAAGCCCUGCGCCCCUACAGGCCCCUUGGGGCUCUUGUAGUCACCACACCACAGGCGGUGUCUAUUGGGGAUGUGAGGCGGGAGCUGACCUUCUGUAAGAAGACUGGGCUGCAGGUGAUAGGGGUCAUAGAGAACAUGAGCGGCUUCACCUGCCCACACUGCGCUGAGUGCACCAAUGUCUUCUCCAGCGGCAGUGGGGAGGAGCUGGCCCGGCUGGCUGGAGUUCCCUUUUUAGGUCCUGGAUAUGAAACCUGGCUUAUCACACUUGGCCGAAGCACCUUUACCCAGUGAGCCAUUUUGUCAGCCUUUUCCUGGCCUUUGUCAUUGCAGGCUCUGUCCCCCUGGAUUCCCAACUUACCAGGAGCUUGGAGGAAGGGCGUGACUUCAUCCAGGAAUUUCCCAAAAGCACUGCAUAUUCCGCACUCACGUCCAUAGCCCAGAGAGUUGUGCACAGGAUGUCUGCCCUGUGCUCCUGACCGCCUGGCAGCCUUCUGGUGCUGCAUGCCUGUAGGACCUUUGGGAGCAGAGGCCCUCAGGACUGUUUUGGGACCUGUAGUUGUUGGCCUGGGCAAUGGCUGGACUAUGCGAUUACAUCCAUGCAGAGAUCUGCAGGCCCCCAUGUCCUUGGCUGACACUAGCUUCACCAAACUAGUCUAUAGCUGAGGGGAUAGCCUGCGUCCUGAUUCCUUGAGAUAAUAGCAGCCUUAACCUUUAGCCUAUAGGCUUUCGUCCAGCCCUAGUCACUUCUGCCCCAGGUCAACAGGCUGCUCUCAUAGCCACACCACACAGGAGCUGGCCAGUGCUUUCUCAUCGAGACUGACCCACACAUGCUGUGUUGUGUGCCUUUUGUGACACUGUGGUUUACCGGCACAUCUGGUAACUUUACAGAACUCUGCUAUUAAACAUACCGCCCCGUCUUAGGAAGGACCCAGCAUCCAAGCCCUUUGUCCUCAGCGAGGUGACUCUUGAUUCCCCUACAUUUCAUGUCUGGAACAAGCAGUAUUAGUAAAGAUUAUAAAGGGCCUGAAGAUGU